UUUUUGCGGUUGUCCGAGAGACCUCUCAAAAAUCCACGUCUCAACGGAGGAAAGCCCAAAAGGGACUGGAAGUACGACUGACACUCCUUUGGAUCCACAAGACUUCCAUAGAUAGCGGGGGUCUGGAGCACGGAGGUACAUCGUAUCCUUUCGCAUCCUCGAACAAAACAACCGCAGAGCGACAAGGCGCCAUGGGGAACUGCCGUUCCUCUGCUUCGUCUCACAACGAUGAACCGCACCAUAAUCCCCCUAAGGAUCCUGGCUGUUGCCUUCUGGUCACCACAGCCGACCAAGAAACGAUCCAGCGUGCUGAGCCGCUGGUUCCUCCCAAUGAAAAUGCCAAGGCGACUAUAGCCGUGGUUCUGGGAGAAGAAGGCAGUCCAGACCUUAUUCGUCACAUCCUUUCCUUCCUUCUCCCCUCGCCUACCGGUACGCCAUGUGCCUUGCCGGCAUUGCAACGAAAAAGGCUACGCAAAUCUAUUCAAUCUAGUCUGGCUGUGUGCAGGUCAUGGAAUCAAGCCGCUUGGAAGUGUAUCAGCCCCUCCAUUCCUGGCGUCGUAUCUUCCUCGACUCUGGCCACAAUUAAGAAACAAGUGGUUCAUGUGGAUCUGGACUUCUUGGGCGACCAGUUCACACAGGAAAUAGAGAAACUGAUUAGCGCACAUUCUUUUGAAUUGAGCAAGAGCGAAAAGGAUGUAGUCUGGACAGAGAUCAACCAGUCACCUCUCCAACGUGACAAAAUGAUUCGUUGGUACAAAAUGUUCUUGGUCAUCAAGGCCGUGGAAUGUCAUGCAGAGAAGAUUCCAUCAAACCCUCAGGUGGCAGUGUGGAAAGAAAAAUGUCAGCCUUUUCGGGCUCUGGACAUCAUGUGGCAUGCUCACAUGUUGGCACCGCGUGUCUAUCUUGAGCAUUGUCGGCUCCUUGCCGGAAAAGGGCUCGACCACACGGAAGGAUAUAUAUCUCCCUCUGAAGUUCCCAAGUCAGACUUGAAAAGCAAAGUCGAGGUCGUCUUUCGUUCCGAGGCGAUGGUGAACGAAUUUGCGAGGUUUUACCCAGAACUCGGACAAACGCCAGAGAUAGCAGUCGACUCUGUCAUUCAAUCCCUCUUUGAUAAUGUUUGUUGUGGUUGAGCUUUCCCCGUAGCGGGCCACUGGCCCCGGGUCGCUUCGGAUUCGAAUGGGCGCAUUGGGACGACAUCAAGUUGAAUCAAAUCAGUUGCGAGCGAACAUCACUUCACUUUACCGCCACCGUGCGCUAUGCUAGGAGCAGGAAAUUCGGUAAAUGUAUGCAUUCUGAAAUGCAUGGAUCAUGACACGGAGACCACCAGGAGGUCGAUCACCGUUUACACGUAGCAAAGCUGUUACAGGACCUAUUGCUCCUAGCUAGCUAGAUGAUGCUCGAAGCGCUCCCCGAGCAUUAUCUUGCCGUGUCUCAGCCGAUGCAUUCACAAGCAGCCCUUUCCUUGGCCGAGCCCUGCAAUGUACAUGUAGCUUCCUUGCAGGUUGCAGCGUCUGUGCUCAACUGAA